GGAAAAGAGGAGGAAAAGCAGUGGCUACGCACAGUCGCACACUAGACGUUUUUACAAAAAUAUUCCCUCUCCUCAACUUUUACACCUCUGCGUUUUCUGUGGUGAAGUUGAAGAACCAAUACUUGCUUCAGAGCUUCCGAGGCCUUUCUCUGUCCGCAGGAUUUCUAACUUAUGUUGCACAUUCAAUCAAGUAGUUUCCUGAGGCAUGGAUUGUUUCGAAUUUCUUGCUUCUGCGAGAGGCGAUGGCGGUUACGUGGUGUUGCAGCUCGUGGAGUUUCAUGUUUACCUUCUUGUUUGAACAAACAUGAUCCUCUUGCUCCAGGUCUCAGAUCUGGGAUGAUACCAACUGAAAUUGUAGAAAACAUGACAAGGAUUGAAGUAACUGAGGAAUACUCUUGGGAUUUGACCCAUUCACGCUCUUAUGAGACUGUCAUGGAAGCACUUUCUUCCCUCAUUACAUGUCGGAAACGUGGCGAAAAGCCUUCUAUUGGAGGAAAAUACACUAAGCUGGAACGCAUGACAAUGUAUCUGAAGAUAUUAGGAUUGGAAGAAAAUAUAGCCGGACUGAACAUUAUCCAUGUUGCUGGAACAAAAGGGAAGGGGUCAACAUGCGCUUUCUCUGAGGCAAUUUUACGUGAGUGUGGUUUCAAGACUGGCCUUUUCACAUCACCUCAUUUAAUUGAUGUGAGAGAGAGAUUUCGACUUGAUGGGAUUGACAUUGCCGAAGAGAAGUUUUUGCAGUACUUUUGGGACUGCUGGGAUCAGUUAAGGGAUAAUGUAACCAAGGAUUUGCCUAUGCCUCCCCUAUUUCAGUUUCUCACUCUUCUGGCAUUCAAGAUAUUCAUUGAUGAAAAAGUUGAUGUUGGAAUUUUUGAAGUUGGCCUUGGAGGGGAAAAGGAUUCCACAAACGUGAUUAAAGAACCUGUUGUUUGCGGAAUCUCUUCAUUGGGGAUGGACCACUUGGACUCCUUAGGAGACACUUUGGGAAAAAUUGCUUUACACAAGGCUGGUAUUUUUAAGCCCAAUGUACCAGCAUUUACAGUGCCCCAGCUCCCUGAAGCAAUGAAUGUUAUCAGUCAAAAAGCUCAGCUAUUAAGGAUUCCAUUGGAAGUUGUGCAACCUCUUACCCGCGGAGAGUUAAAUGGAUUACAACUUAGUUUGGCUGGUGAUCAUCAAUUUGUCAAUGCUAGCCUUGCUGUUUCCCUCUGUAAAUCUUGGCUUCGACAUACAGGGAACUCGGAAAAGGUGUUUACGAAUGAUGGUUGUGAAGCUGAUAUGCCAGAUGCUUUCUUGAGAGGUCUUUCGUCGGCACGUCUUCCUGGGAGAGCUCAGAUUGUCCAUGAUGCCAUAUUCAGGUCCUCCGAUACAGCUACAGGAGACCUGGUGUAUUAUUUGGAUGGAGCACACAGUCCUGAAAGCAUGGAUGCCUGUGCUAGAUGGUUCUCCAAGAUGGCGAAAGGCGAUCACAAGUCAACACCAUUAUCCUCUUCUAAAUCAUCAUGUGAAAAUGGGCUUGGAGAAGCAGUAAGCAAAAAUGGUUUCACCAAACAAGAAAAGGGAAAUUGUGACAAAAUUUCCAAGCAGAUUCUUUUGUUCAAUUGCAUGGAGGUGAGAAAUCCACAAAUCCUGCUUCCAAAGCUUAUUGGGACCUGUGCUUCCUCAGGUGUUCAUUUCUCUGGAGCGUUAUUUGUUCCUAGUAUAUCCACGUACAACAAAGUUGUUUCUGGUUAUUCAAUCACUUCAAACAUACCUUUGAGAAACCUGUCUUGGCAAUUUAAUCUGCAGAGAAUAUGGGAGAAGACAGUCAAUGGGAAAGAUUUUGAUCUGGACAGAAACAGCAUGACAGAGUGCAUAAAGAAUGAGAGUACUGAUGCCCUGCCACCUCUUGAAUUUCUUCACGGUGAUGGUUAUCGUGACUUUCCUGGCGAUUCCUUCCGUAGCAGUGCGGUUGUUCCUUCAUUGUCAUCAGCAAUAAAAUUGUUGAGGGAUUGUGCAAGGGAAAACCCUUCUAUCAGACUGCAGGUUCUUGUAACAGGAUCAUUACAUCUAGUAGGAGACGUUUUGAGGCUGCUAAAGAGAUAACUCUUAUAAGCUCUGGUCUUAGCAUGUCGUACUUCCUCUGCGGAUUUGCCACUCAGCAUUGACACAAACCUCAGGUAUUAUUCACCGUUCUACAGAAACAGCUUGUGUCUGAGUUUACAAAUGCCAUAAUUAGGUAUCAGGAUCUGGAUUUGCAUACUGUCGUGAAUUUAAAUGACCGUCUUCUUCAUUUUCCAUAUAUAUUUAUAUUUAUAUGUAUAAGGAUCUGGAUCUCAUGUUGCCGUGACAUUCAUUUGCUCGAUAGAAGUCUGCAUCUACAUAUUUACCAAA